GGGGUUUAUGAAGAUUUCAAUUGGGGUUGAGUCUUAGUUACAAAUCUGGAUCAACUUCUUGAUUAUGUUGUUUUGAAACAUAUCUACAGCAACAAUGAGUUAUGCAUUUCGAGGAGCUAGACCGGAUAUUGAAAGUGGGUUUGCUGGAGUUAUUCCUCAUCAACGUCCUUCAUUGAGAAUACGGGCAGCACGGCCGAAUAAUACCAACUCCUUUGCUUUUCUUUUCACUGUUUUCUUGCUGUUCAUGAUACUAAACUCGAAUCAGAUAUCACCAAGAUUUCUGGUUUGGUUAGUUUUCGGUGUUUUUCUGGUGGCCGCGAUCUUUCGAAUGUAUGAAAUAUGCAGACAAAUUCAAGCUCAGUCCCAGGUUCAUGCUGGGGGUUCCAGUGAUGGGCUGCAAGGUCAAACAGAGGUGCGGUUGCACAUGCCGUCGUCGUUGGCAAUUGCAGCUAGAGGUGGAUUGCAUGGUUUAAGACUCCAGCUUGCACUUCUUGGUCACAAUUUUGAUGAACUAGAAUUCGAAACUCUGGGCGCAGUUGAUUCAUAUAAUAUUUCCCCUGCUCCCUCAAUGAGCGAUGAAGAGAUUAAUGCCCUUCCUAUUCAUAAGUACAGGGUUACGGGUCAAGAAAGUGAAGAUGCACUGCAGCAGCAGAGCUCCUCUUCACCCGCAUCUGAGAGUAAUCAAGUUUCUGGUGAAGCAGAGGCUAGUCAAAAGUCUUCUGGGGAUGAACUAACUUGUAGUGUCUGCUUGGAGCAAGUCAAUGAGGGAGAAAUCAUCCGGACCCUUCCAUGUUUGCAUCAGUUCCAUUCCUCCUGCAUUGACCCAUGGCUACGGCAGCAAGGAACAUGCCCGGUCUGCAAGUUUAGAGCAAAUGAAUGGCAGGAAUGAUGUGGGUACUGGAAUGCAGGAUGGUUCCCCUGUGGUGUGACGGUAUAUUCUCAGCCUUAGAGUCUCAGGUUCAUAUACAUCCACCUUGUAGUAAAAAUAAAUUUUUCAAUUAUGUAUAUGUAGGUACUAGAAAAAUCAAGUUACGAGGAUAAUUAGACCAGUCUUAGGGGUAGUUUAUUACUUAUAACCAACAUGUACACAGUCCGUAUUUAAGGACUGCAGCUAUAGCCUUUUGAGUUUUCUUUCUGUCGUACUUGGUCUUACCUGUAAGUAAUCAGAAAAAAAUAAAAUAAAUUGGGUAUGUAAAUAUAACAGUAAUUAGUCUCUGAAAUCUGGUCUAUGAGUUAUUAGUA